AUGUCUAGCAACAGCAACUACGAACGAGAUAAGAUUUUCAAGUCAUGGUCCGGAAUUAGUGAGCUGGCUCUCAUUAAGGAGGUAGCCACAAAAGGUGAACAUAUAGACUUGUGCAUUUCAUAUUGGGCCAGGAAAAGAAAAAUGCCCAUCAACGAUUACGAGUUGUUUUUCCAUGACAUCGUUCAGACUUAUGUGGCACGCCUUCUAAAUGAACGACUGGUGUGCAAAGCAGAAAUAGUCCUUCGAAACGUGCAUCGGGACGUGAAGUGUUUCUAUUACCAAUUUGCAUGUGAAUGCAAUGAUUCGGAAUUGCGAGAAAUGAUUUUGGACCAUUUGCGAAAAAAGAACCCCGACAACUUUGAGAGCGAUAUGCAGGACUUGCAAUUUCAUUGGAGCCUACUGGAAAAACUUAAGAAGUCCGAUGUAAUUAUGACCGAUGUAAAGAAACACAUGAAGCGUAUAAAUUUGGAAUCCCUAAUGGCAUUAGACAGUGCGACAAAGCAACAUAUUAUGAUAUCGCUGUACUUUGAAACACGCAACGAAAAUUUGUUGCAGUACAUCAACAAGUUUGUCCUCUGGAAUUUCUUGAUAGAAACAGGUCAAACAGAGGAGAUAAUAUCAUGGUGCAAGUUGCAGAUACAGCCACAAGAAACGAUUUCGUUAAACUCAAAUCUUUCCGUCUUGGAAGAGAAAUAUACACAAUGGUCCAUUGAGGCAGAAAUGUACGAAUAUGCAGUUCGAUCCCUUGCCAAUAAAAAGGAUGAAGUUCUUCGUAACUUAUUUGCAUCGGCGGGAUAUUUUUUUCCUGAUGAGAGAAGCCAUGUGGAAACUGUAUUGCAACGUAUAUGUAUCAGCCACAGCAUUCACAAAAAUCGUGAUUGCAUCAGAUCAUUGCCAAUUGGUCAAUAUAUCUAUGAGCGCGGGUUCUACCACCUUCUAUUGAAUGAAUUUGUUACAGUGCGACAACUUGAAGAAAUGUUUGAAAGUAUAAGCGAUAAUAGGGAUAUCCUUAGUCUUAUAAUUACAUUAAAAACAAAUAAGCUCGAAAAUCUCGAGGGAUUUAAAAAGAUUGUUUCCUGUACCACAAAAUAUCUGGAACAUAUUGAUUCAAACGAAAGCAAUAAAUGGACACUGGCGACACUUUUUGAUUUUCUUACCAAUCAACCGUCUUUGGCAAAUUUACACUGUUCAAUAUCGUCGGGUAUUUUGAAAUCGUUGUCCUAUCUCAAAGUGGUUUUGCAUCAUGAAAAUAACAACACGGCCGUAAAUCCGCAGAGUAUACCCACGAUCUAUGACCUAAUAAAAACAUUCAAAGGUAUCGAUGUGCAUCGUUUGUGCAAAGAUGCUAAUACGUUUAGCAAAAGUCGCAAUAGCGAUGUUGGGCCAGCGAAUAGAAACAACCAUCGUUUGAAUUUUGUUCACUAUAUUAAACAAUCGAGGAGCGCCUAUGCCCUCUACCUCAUGUUUGUAGAGCAACUUCAAAACUAUGCACAGAUAACUAAAACCCAUUUGCUCACAACGUGCGAAAGUGUUUACGAGUUGGCGUUACAGACACCCAUUGCCGAUUCGGAUGUCAUUAGCCAUUGCAUUGCGUUUUGUGAAAUGUUGGGCUUCGACACUCAGCAACUGAGAUGUGUUCUGAGACUUCGUCGGUGUUUGCAGCAUGCACACUAUCCGAACGUAUGUCCCGACAAGAAAGGCCUUGAUUCAGUAAUUUUUGAGGCUGAACGGUUGCUGUUGGAUAAAAUGUCCAUUGAAGAUGAUACAAACAUAUUUCCCCUUAUAGAAUACAACACAAUCAUGGCAUGCAAAGCCAUCUGUCCGAAUAGUACACCCAAAGAAAAUGGAUCUUUGAUAAUGCAAGGUUAUGCAACUCGCAACGACUAUUGGCACUUGUUGGUUUUAUUACACUAUUUUGAAAUACCUUUGGAGCAUAUCAAAUCGCUUGUGAAAUAUUUCAAGAUUCCCUCAAUGGCGGACCACUUGUUGAGGGCAUUAUCUUCAUUUACCAAUAACAGUUCUGAGGGCCACACCAUGAAGCGACGUUCGAGUCUAACAAAACGUCAGCUGCAAUCCAACAGGCAUAAAAAGUCUACUGGUGAUAGACGGGCGAUUAACACAUCUGUAGAGACAAUGACAUCUUCAAUGGCAUCCGGAAAUGAUCUUCCAAGUGCUGGGAGUGGUUCGAUGUGCCAAAACAAAAAUAUAUUUGCUGAUUGUACCAAUGGUAGCCCCGACAUAUUCGCUUUGAUUUUGUUGAAUUUGAACUCUUGCUAUCCCUGUACUGAACCGGUCCUGGAUGUGUCUACAUUUCUACAAAACUUGCAAAGUAGCAACGCCGAUGGCAAGGACUCUGCCUCAGCUAUUGUCAACUUUCUAAGAACCGCAGUAGAACAACGAUUGCCUAUAAUGGCUGUAUUGGCCGCCUCUAUAGUUUCUGGUGACACCAAUGGGGCACACGUGGAAUGGUGUUGGUUAGUGUGGUUGGCAGUCACAACAGAUCAAUGGAGCCAUCUCCAACGGUUGGCCAAUAGCGUACAGGAAUUUCCCUGGAAUCUCAUGGACCAUUUGGUUUCUCAAAAUCAGAUUACGGCAAUUGUCCGAAGCUUUGAAAUUUUUCUUCCGGAUAAUGGACUGAUUCAUCUAUUUCGUUUCCUGCAACUAUCGACCCAAAAUGAAUUCGGUGAAGUAAACGUCCAUGAGCUGCGUUUGUAUUGUUUGGCAUGGAGUAAUGAAGAAAUUCGUUUGCCACUAAAUUUCCGACCUCAACGUGAAAAGCUGAUGAAACGCACAAUACGUCUGCUAUUGUUGCACACCCAGAGUAACUUUGAAUCCGCUGUCGAUCAGCUUAAAUUUCUCAGCUGUGUAUGCAAGUCGGGUCUGAGUGAUAUUACCGGACAACUGGACUUUUGUCUGUUAAAACAAUUCUGUGAUAUUCUAAUGACUGCCAAUGGUUCGAUGACUCAACGUUUUCCUUUGAAUUUCAUCCAGUUGCUACACGGCGAACAAGCUGAUGCCAAGGAAUAUGAGCGAAUUUUGAACUGUGUAUUAGCGGCGAGAGAGUAUGAUAUUGCCGUACGUCUAGCUUCGAUACUGCACAAGCCCAUCAGUGACAUAAUCUAUAGUAAAUGGGUGUCUUCCUUGGAGUCCCAGUUGGAAGUCCCGCCAUCGG